UAUUUGUUUCAUUUUGUACUUCUAUCUAAUGUACAUAAAUCAUAUUUACUUUUAGACACCAAUUCUGGCACAAUAUCGAUAAAACGUGUAACAACCCAAACCGAGUUACUUCAACUAUCAACAAUCGCCAAUGUAACUGGUGAAGUGUCUACCUAUCAAGACACCAAGCACAGUGGAGUGGAUCGUCACAUUCACACCGAGGACGAUCAUACCUCUCCAGUGCCAUCAAUAUGGUUUAUUCUGCUUGGUUCAUUGUCCUCCCUUUGUAUCAUUGGGUGUAUUCUCUUUAUACCCUCGCAGAAAAAGAAGUUGACGUUCAUAGGUACUCAAACUCAACGCUUUUCAGGGAUAAGACGGGUUUUUCUUUCUUGCUUUAAUCAAGAUCGUCAACAAGAACUGAUCCAGGAGUCCGAAGACAUUGAACUCUCUAAUGUUAACAGAACACAGGUAUGUGGACAGGAAGAAGACGACAGUCCGUACUCUGAGAUCAGAUAUUCCCAGUUCAUCGGGGGAGCCAACACAGUCGGAGCAUGUAUGAACACAUCGUUAUGUGCCAUGCAGAAGUGUGACUCAGACAAACAUCAUGACAAGUCAGAAAAACAGAACAUUUACCAAAAGUCUAUGAUUAAAAAUGAAUACGAUCACGUAAACCUGAAAGUGAAAUUUUCAGACAUGGGGUAUGAUAGGAAUCUCAGUUUACCACAUUCCAAUGAUGAGGAAUACGUUUCCCUCAUGAACAAGCCAUCACUUAGAAAAGAAGUCCGACCAAUGGAUGGUUCAAAAUGUCACAAUGUGACUCUUCCCAAAACCAAGAUAACAGAUUGCAACAAAAUUGGUGAAAAGGAAAGCAAACCCCAGGGUCAAUUAACAGGAAACAGAUUACAACUAGAAUCCAAACAAGAAGUUGACAACGAUAUCUCAGAAAACACCAAACACAAUUAUGUAGCCGCUGAUAGACAGCUUGACCCACAGAGUGACGACAGACCAUAUAGUUUGGCUGAGGGGUUGUCAAAAAACAAUUUAAGUGAAACGGGUUUGCCAGAAAACGAUUUUAAUAAAACAGAUCACAGAAACAGUGAAACAGAAGCACAGCCAAAUCAAUCAAAACUUAAUUUUUCUGAAAAUUUAAACUUGUCAAAUAACGAUUUAAGUGAAGCAUUAGAGAAUUCUGUUUACUCAAUGAACAUCGAUAUCCCUGGGAAAAGAGAAGACAUAAGUAGAGUGGGAAACAAUGGUCAGUCGAGCACAAGACCUUACAGUUUUGCAAAAAUACCAUAGUUUAAAUCAAAAUGCAUACCUUUUACCGGGAGCAAAACUCAUCAAUAGACUGUAAAUGAUGAUUAUAUUAACACAAAAUGAUAAAAUGGUUGAGUUUUUUAAAGACUGUUCAAUUUGAAAACGUUUGUUUUGAAUAAAUAAAGA